AUGAAACCUAUAUCACAAAAAACAGAAAACUUAUUUUCUAACCAAGAACCUCUACCAAUGCAAGAAACAGAAAGAAAGCCAAUUCAAAAUUUAGAAACAGGUAAAUGUUCAAAAAAACAAAGAUCUCUUUUAUUAAAUCACAAAGAAAUUUCACAACAACCAUAUCCUGGAUUAUUAGAAUUCUUUUUAAAAAAGAAUUUAAAUAAAUCAGUCAAAAAAUCACACACACAACAUGAAGAAUCACAACUCUUUUAUAGUGAAUAUGUCAAACAAGAAUAUUUUCAAACAACAUUUGAUUUAGAUUAUGGAAAUGAAACAGUUAUGGAUAUACAUGAAAUUCCAUUAACACAAAUUAUUAAAUCAUUAAAAGUAACAAGUUCAAUUGAAAGAAGUACGUUUAAUCAGAAAAGAAUUAGUAGAUAUUAUAAAAAAAAAUUAAAAAUACCUAUAAAUCAUUUAGUAAAAGAAGAUGAUACAACACAAAAUGAAUCUAAUAACUUUGAAUAUUCAGAUAAGUCUAGUGAUACUACUACUUUAGUUUCAAUAGAAGAAAUUGAUUUAAUUAGUUCUAGUAAUGAUGUAAAAGAGAUUAUUAAAUGGUUAUCAAAUAAUAUUAUAAAAUUAACUAAAUCAAAAGAUACAAAAUUAUUAAUUUAUAAUUAUUCAAAACAAGUUGUUAAAUGUAUUUCAUAUCAUGGAAUUAAUAUUCAUAAAAUACCAUUUAAUAAUUGUAUUAUCUCAAAUAGUCUAUUAAUAACACUUUUGAAUAAAAUUACAAUCAAAUUUCCACAAAGUGAUUUAUCUUAUUGUAUAAAAUUCUUUAAUAAACUUGAAGAAACUAUUAAAAGAAUUGAACAAUAUGGAACUGAAUAUUCUAAAUCAGAAAUUAAUAAUUUUUCUAAUUACGGAUGGUCAUUAACAUGUGAAUUAUCAUUUCUUCAGUCUUUAUAUCAAUACGGAAAUAAUAUGGAACAAAUACUUUCAAAUAAUAUUAUUAUUCGAUAUCAGUUAGAGGUAAUUAAUAAUAUUCAAUAUAAGAAUCAACAAAUAAGAUUUCUUAAAAAUAGAUUAGCUGGUGUGUAUAAUAAAUUUUCAAUAUGA